CAGAGCACUUCUUGCUUGAUCUACAGAUAAAUGUUUAUGCUAAAAAUGGUGAAAAAAGUGCUGAAGGGAAUCAACGAGUUUUUGAAGUAAUGAGAGACUAUAUUAAAGAUAACGAAGAUAUGACUGGUUCGUCAUUUGAUGAAAGAUCAACUGAUACACCAGUCUAUUACCUCGUAGAUUUCAUCAAGGAAAUAAAGAAAUGUAGUAUUGUUGAUAUUUCUGCCACCAACCAAUCGUCAACAGACAUACACAUCAACUGCACCAGUUCGAAGGCCAUGGAAGAUUUUCUUAAGUCUAUCAUCAGUAACGAAUUUCAACAAAAACUGUUUGACCUUAGACGAUGGCUACAAGUGCAACAUGACAUUGAAUCGUAUGACAUAAUGGCUAAUUGCUCAUCGAAUGGCAUAGAGAAAGCAAAACAACGUCUGCACUUUACUGGAGUAACCAGAUCUUUGAAUUGUGCCGAACAUCAAAAUACACAAUGUACUCUCUAUUGUCCUGACCAUGACACGUUUUUAUGUACAGCAUGCAGAGAAUCAAAACAUGGCACAUGUCUUGGAAUAAAACAAGUUAUAUCUGAAAGGUCUUACGUUGAACAGAAACGUCAUCUCAACAUCAAAAGUAUAAAAGGAUCUUAUAACGUCAAGAUAGAUAAUACUUUGAUAAAUAGAGACAACAAUGAUCAAUAUGAGUGUGGUAUCACUGGUAUGUGUAUGCUUCCUAAUAGUAAAGUUCUCCUUGCUGACAGCAUGAAUAACAGACUGAAGACAUUGAAUAGUUUGUACAAGGUAGUAAGUCACUGUGAUGUACGUAAAAGUCCCUAUUCUGUAUGUUAUAUAGGCAAUGAUACAGCUGUCGCUGGUUUAAGAGGCAAUACCAUACAGUACGUGAAUAUAUUAGGUAAUAUUAACCUGACACAAUUAGAGAAGCUAGAUCAUGUAUGUUACGAUCUAGCUUGUCACGGUGACACACUCUAUGUAAGCAGUAAAAACACAAUUUACAAAUAUGACAAAAACUGUAAACAAAAACAAGUUCUCUAUCAUAAUCCGAAGAUAAUCUACAGUCCAAAAAUUGCUGUAAGUGACAAUGGGGAACGAAUCUACUUAGGUUUACGUACAGAUCUAACUACAAUAGAUGCCAAAGGAAAUCAUUUAGAUGACAGUUCACAAAUUGACGAUUAUAACACACUAUUACAUAAUAUAUGUGAUAUAUGUAUUGCUGGUGAAGGUAUUGUUCUUGUAUUAAAGCAAAAAAUUCUAAAAAACAAUGUUCAUCAACUGGAUUAUAAUGGAAAAAAGCUUCAGGCUGUAGAUAACAUAACAUUAGAUAUUUUAUUUCUGCGUUCUAUCUGUUUUGACAGAGAAAGAUGUAGACUUAUUGUUGGUAGUGGAGAAGACAAGAUACAUGUUUACAAAUGCGAGUUUUUGCCAAGUUAG